AAAAAACCCAGGAGGACCCAACCAAGCCCAACCAACUCACUCCAACUUACAUAUCAUCAUCAUCACCAUCCUCCAACAAGCAAGAUGCUCAACUACUCGACCAUCAUCGGAGCAGUUGCCCUGCUACUCCUAUCAACAGCAACCCAACCGAGCGCAGCCGAAGAACCACCACUGGUCAUCAACCGAGCCACCAACCAGAUCAACUUCCAACUCAGUCCGCCCAUAGAAUCACUACUUGGAGGAGAGAACCAACACCGAUUAAGCCAAGAGAAAGCCGAAAGCCUGCUCACUGACAACCAUCUCGAGCGCAUCACAGAACAUAUCAAGGCGUACCCGGAGAAGCGACUGAUCAGAUGGGCCGAUGGGCGUCAGGAAUGGACCACUGAGGGCGAGAAAGCCUUGCUGAUCUUCAAGGAUGGACGCAGGAAGUUCGUGGACAUCACCGACUCGUGGCUCGCUAGCGACCUCCACUCAGACGCCUUCACCCUCGACUCCGACCCGCAACUUCUCAACCCUACCUUCGUCACCCAUCAUUCGUCGGAUCUUCUUCAUCAAUCAAAAUCUCCAGUCCAUUCCUUCCCUCACAAAAUUAAACUCGGGCAUCAGGCUGUCGCUAAUUUUACUCGUCUUAUUCAACCCGCUCGGAUGAAGAAACGCUUGACGAAAUUCACCGACUUCCGAACCCGAUAUUAUCGCUCAUCGACUGGCAAAGAAAGCCAAGCCUGGCUUUUAAAUGAGAUCCGUACGUUGGUAUCCAAGUCGAAAUCGAACGUGACGGUGAGUGAAUUCCCGCACAAGUGGGGGCAGAACACGAUCAUAGCGCGUUUCGAGCCGAAUGGCGAAGAGGCAGCGACGAGAAGUAGCGGGACGUUUAUCGUAGGCGCGCACCAAGACUCGACGAACCUGCUCCCGUUCCUACCUGCGCCGGGGGCAGACGACGAUGGUUCGGGGACGACGUCGAUCCUCGAGGCCUUCGACAUCCUGCUCCACCACAACUGGACCCCCAAAGCCGGCCAGGGCGCGCUCGAGUUCAUGUGGUUCUCCGCCGAGGAGGGCGGCCUGCUCGGCAGUCAGGAAGUUGCACGCGCGUAUCGACAAGCUAACCGGCCCGUCGACGGCAUGGUCCAGUUCGAUAUGACCGCGUUCGUCAAGAAGGGCACUACACCAACUGUCGGGCUGGUCACCGACUUUGUUGACCCCUCUCUCACCCAGUAUUUGAGAUUAUUGAUCGACGAAUAUUUGGCGAUCGGAUGGACGAACACCAAGUGUGGAUACGCGUGUUCAGACCAUGCCAGUUGGAUCAACAUCAACGUGCCCAGCGCGUUUGCCAUCGAAUCCUCCUUCGAAGACUCGAACCAAAAGAUCCAUUCGACUGGCGACACCAUCCAUCAACCCGAGUUCAGCUUCGACCAUAUGGCUGAGUUCUCGAAACUCGUCCUCGGUUUAGUUCUCGAACUUAAAGGCCUCUAGCGUGGUCAUCAUCCUUCCUCUCUCUGGCUGCUGCCCGAUCUUCACAUGUCUUUGUAUUCCACUUGCAUCGCUGGCUCUUGUCUACACCCCCUUGUUACCUCUUUAUAUUCCCGUGUAAUCCAUCCACCCAAUCGAUCCCCUUCUCCUCGUUCUUUUAUUUUUGUAUAUCCUGAUUGAUCAUCCUUGCCGAGAUUCUUGCAAAGUUGUCAAUAUUCUCAUUGGUGUGCUUUGUUUUUGGGCGUGGAAUCGCACUCGUCGUUUGUCUUCUGUUUCAGAUGGAUAGGUGAGAACAUGCAAACAACAACAAACAAUCCCCAAAAGUGUCUUUCC